AUGGAGGUGACCACUGUGUCCCCAUCUCCUGCGUCACCCACUGAAGGAGAUGAUCUGUGUGUGACAGAUGUCACCAGCGUGGCCAUACACAGUGUGACACUGCUCAUCUGCCUCUGUGGGCUGGCUGGGAAUGGGGCUGUCAUCGGCCUCCUCAACCCGAAAUUCCCCAACUAUGGCUUCUAUGUCCUGGCUGUCAUUGACUUCAUCUUCCUUCUCCUCACAGCCCCCUCCACCCUCCUGCUCCUGGUGGAGGACGUGUCCUGCUCUUCUAUCCUGCCCAUGCUGUACCUGAGUUUCCUUCUCCAGCUGUCGGUGGUCUCCUACUACUGGGGGCUGUUCUGGCUGAUAGCCGGCAGCAAUGUGCAGUAUGUGUACAAGCUCUGCUGCCGUGGUGACCUUCCUGAGCGCCUGAGGUGGGUGUUAGAAAGUGUCCAAUACUGGGCCUUCUUUUGUCUCUUCACUGUCAUUCCUGCAGUGACAUUCCUGUGCCCAUCCAACCAGAAGGAGCUCUGCCGGGCUGCUUUCAUCUCCAUGAACACCAUCAUCUUGCUCCUUUUUGUUGCCCCCAUGCUCAUUUCCAGCACAGUCGAAUUCAUUAAGUCCAAGUGGGGCUCCCAGCAGCAGCAACCCAAGAAGCCUGACAUUGUUAUCUUUCUCAUUGUGCUCUUCAAUCUCCUUCUCAGCCUCUGGAAUUUCUUGCAGCAGCUCGGUUACAUCACUGUGUCCUCACAGGUUGUUUUCCUUCUCACCUGCAUCAACAGUAGCAUAAAACCCAUCACCUACUUCUUAUUGGGGAGGUGCUGGAGACCCUGCUCCAUGGAGUCCCUCCAGCUCUUCCCUCCAGAGGGUGUUUGA